AUGACGAAGCGACCGAAGGCACCUUCGCCUACUACUUCCGAAGAAGAGGAGCAGUCAAACAAUGAAGAAGAGGAUCAGUCAAACAAUGAAGAAGAGGAGCAGUCAAACAAUGAAGAAGAGGAGGUACAGAUUGAUGUUCCUACUCCUCCUCCUUCUCCAAAACAAACAACAAUACCAAUAUCGGUUGCUCCCAUUCCACCACAUGUCUCUUCUCAACCUACUACCACUACUCCGCUACCACCACCAAUCUUUUCUCAAGCUACAACAACCACAACACCUGGACCUUCGGUGAGUGUCAACGUAUCUAAUACGGGUGCACAUAUCGUUGGCAUCGAAACCCCUGUUACAACUAAACCACUCUCACCAUCUCCUUCAAAAGAUUCAGAGCCUACUCUGGGAGGUGAAAACUUUGAUUUUGACUCUACUUAUUAUAGUCGUUACCAACUUCCAAGUGAAGAUGAAGCUGAUGCACCUGUGACAAGGCAACAUUUACAAGGUCUUCAUGAAAAGCUAGACAAAUUGAUUGCUACCCCGACCACUUUUUCUGAUGUGGUUCUGAAAGCUUUUCUAGACACUUCUCUUUAG